GUUAACAUCAAGCAGAAACAUGUUCUGAUCGGAUCGAACAAAAGUUCAAUUAUUGAAAAAAUCAAAACCUAAUGAUGCCGUACAGCCGGAUUCCGGCCUACCAGUGGAACUAUGGUUUGAAGCCGGGACAAUGGCAUCGGGCUACAGCAGUACUACAUUCAGCCAGCACCAAUCCUAGCCCAAGGUCAAAACCAAUGCUGGGGACAACAGCGGUCUUGUCAAUAUGCAGCAGGAUUUGUUGCCUUAGCCGCAGCUCCCGAACCAGCACAAUCCUCCACCGCCCAGCAGCCCCCAGCUCCAACAACAACAUCCCCCAUUGUCCUCGACGAAUCGAUACCAACAUCCUCGGAGAAAUCGACCGCCUGCCACAUAUCCCGCAUCGCAUCGAGCCGGAGUAACACCACAGACAAACAGACAGGACACUCGAGUUCGGAACCAUCGUCCAUCAAUAACCGAGCCAAAACGGUUAUUUCAAAUGCAAUUUGGCUUCGGCAUCCACUCACCCGGCGCUGAUGACGCUUCUGUCGUGACAGCUCGCCCGUCUUUCCUCGGUGUGUG